AUGGACUCGCAAUACGAGACAAAAAAGAACGACCCAAACGCCAUCAUGCCGUACGGGGAGUCGAGCGGAGAUGAGCAUGUUGGUGAGGUCCGUGGCAUGGGCGGCGACAUCUUCAAGGAGCCCGAGGCCCAGCACGAGGGCCAUGCCAAGUUCCACCGUCUCGGCUGGAAACGUCUGACGGUCGUUCUCAUCGUCGAGGCCAUUGCCCUUGGCUCUCUGUCUCUCCCUGGCGCCUUCGCUACUCUCGGUAUGGUCCCUGGCGUCAUUCUCUCCGUCGCCAUGGGUCUCAUCUGCAUCUACACGGCUCACGUCAUCGGUCAAACCAAGCUGAAGCACCCUGAAAUUGCCCACUAUGCCGACGUUGGUCGUGUCAUGUUUGGAAGAUGGGGCUACGAAAUCAUCAGCUUCAUGUUCGUUCUCCAGUUGAUCUUCAUCGUCGGCUCCCACGUCCUCACUGGCACCAUCAUGUGGGGCACCAUUACGGAAAACGGCAACGGUACCUGCUCUCUCGUCUUCGGUGUUGUCUCCGCCAUCAUUCUUUUCCUCCUCGCCAUUCCUCCCAGUUUCGCCGAGGUGGCUAUUCUUGGCUACAUCGAUUUCGUCUCCAUCUGCGCCGCCAUUCUCAUCACCAUGAUUGCUACUGGCAUUCGUUCGAGCAACCAGGACGGUGGCCUCGCUGCGGUUCCCUGGUCUUGCUGGCCCAAGGAGAACCUCAGCCUUGCCGAGGGCUUCAUUGCUGUCAGCAACAUUGUUUUUGCCUACAGCUUUGCCAUGUGCCAGUUCAGCUUCAUGGACGAAAUGCACACCCCUUCUGACUAUAAGAAGUCCAUCGUCGCUCUCGGCCUGAUCGAAAUCGUCAUCUACACGGUCACCGGUGGCAUCGUUUAUGCUUUCGUUGGCCCCGAGGUCAGGUCUCCUGCCUUGCUCUCUGCUGGCCACACCCUCGCCAAGGUCGCUUUCGGCAUUGCCCUCCCCGUCAUCUUCAUCUCUGGCAGUAUCAACACUGUUGUCGUCAGCAGAUAUUUGAUCGAGCGCAUCUGGCCCAACGACGUCAUUCGCUAUGUCAACACCCCGAAGGGUUGGAUGGUCUGGCUUUCUUUCGACGCUGGCAUUACCAUCAUUGCCUGGGUUAUUGCUGAGGCCAUUCCCUUCUUCUCCGAUUUGUUGGCCAUCUGCUCGGCUCUGUUCAUCUCCGGCUUCAGUUUCUACUUCCCGGCCUUGAUGUACUUCAAGAUUACCAGGAACGACGCCAAGAGCGUCAGCAAGAAGUACUUCUUGGAUGCGCUCAACAUUCUUUGCUUCAUCAUCGGCAUGAUCAUUCUUGGUGUCGGUACCUACGCCGCCAUCCAGGACAUUAUGGACCGUUACGAUCGUGGUGAGGUUUCGCAGCCUUACAGCUGUGCUCCUGUGGCUUAA